UCUCCCCGGACUCGGGAUCGUCAUCUCCCCUGACUUGUGAUCGGCAUCUCCCUGGACUUGGAUUCAGAGUCUCCACGGACUCGGGGUCAGAGUCUGCACGGACUCGGGGUCAGAGUCUCCCUGGACUCGGGGUCAGAGUCUCCCCGGACUCGGAGAUGACAUAAUGGAGCUCCAGAACCUGCUCCUCCUGCUGCUCGCGGGGGCCCAGGCCCUGACCGAGACCCGGGCGGGCUUCCACUCUCUGAUGUAUUUUGACACCGCUGUGUCCCGGCCCGGCCUCAGGGAGCCCCACUUCAUCUCUGUGGGCUAUGUGGACGACACGCAGUUCGUGCGCUUCGACAGCGACGUGAACCGGAGGACAGAGCCGCGGGCACCGUGGAUACUGCAGGUGGAGCAGGAGUACUGGGACCAAAAUACACGGCAUGCCCAGAACACCGAGUUCUUUUUCAGAGUCAACCUGCACACACUGCUUGGCUACUACAACCAGAGCGAGGCCGGCUCUCACACGCUCCAAUGGAUGUAUGGCUGUGAGGUCGGUGAGGACGGGCGCUUCCUCCGCGGGUACAUGCAGUUUGCCUAUGAUGGCAAGGACUACAUUGCCCUCAACGAGGACCUGCGCUCCUGGACCGCUGCCGACACAGCAGCCCAGAAAAGCAAGCUCAAAUCUGAGAGAUCCAGUGAGGCAGAGCACCACAGGACCUACCUGGAGCGCGAGUGCGUGGAGUGGCUGCACAGAUACCUGGAGAUGGGAAAGGACACUCUGCAGAGAGCAGACCCUCCCACAGCACAUGUGACUCACCACCCAGUCUCUAACCAGAAGGCCACCCUGAGGUGCUGGGCCCUCGGCUUCUACCCCAAGGACAUCACACUCACCUGGCACCGAGAUGGGGAGGACCUGACCCAGGACACGGAGCUGGUAGAAACCAGGCCUUCAGGGAAUGGAACCUUCCAGAAGUGGGCAGCUGUGCUGGUGCCUUCUGGAGAGGAGCAGAGAUACACAUGCCACGUGGAGCAUGAGGGGCUGCCUGAGCCCCUCAGCCUGAGAUGGGAGCCUCCUCGGCCCACUGUGCCCAUGUGGGGAGUCAUCGCUGGCCUGGUCCUCAUUGGAGCUGUGCUCACUGUUGUGCUAUGCAGGCGGAGGACAGCCAGGGAAAAUGCCUUGGGCAGGAGCGAGUCUGAGAGUCUGCACACAGAGCACAGAGGCGUCAGGAAGGCUGGAUCGGGGCACCGCUGUCCAGCAGAACGUGCGCACACUGGAAGGCUCAUCCCUGGGUCUGAGUGAGAUCAGAGCCAUGAAAGCUCUGAGUAGAGGAAGGACAAGUGCACUUUCUGAUCAGGGACCACUCUGGCUGCUGUGCAAGGACAGAGCUGGAGACAAAGCUCUAGGGAGCUUUCCCACAUGGGACUGAAGCAGCCCAGGAUCCUCCACUGACACACUGGAGUAGCACCCAGGAGCCCUGUGUGGUUCUCACAGUAUAAAGAAGCUUGUAAGUGUCGUUUUGGACACAGGAGAGCGGCUUUCUCUGUUCUUAGCUCUAGCUUUGCCCUCUUCUGUCUCUUACAGUGACCAUAAGGGUCUCUCAGGAUCCCCAAAUAAGCUCAGUGACAGAGAUAGAGACUAAUCCAGCAGUUUAGAACAUCCAGGGAAAAGUUGACUGGCUCAUCACUGUUCAGCCUGCACCCCUGCCUAGGCUCCCUACAGGAAUGUUUGCCAAUCUCUUUCUCAAAUUUUUGCUAGACUUCACUGGCAUAGGACACCCUGUGUGCUCUGAAGCAGAGCUCAAGUCUUCCUUACUCUGUGAAUUAUUUGGGGUUCUCUUCUCACUUACUUAAGAUUCUUCUGUUCUCCAAUUGCCAAUAGGUGACUUGUUAAAAUUAUAGAACUUCUUAAUUGCUUGCCUCUGUCCUAAAAUGUAUAAAGUUCUAUAAAAUCUUGUUAAAAUAC